AUGAAUCAUAAACUCAGAGUUUUUCCAGAUCAAGCUCCAACAGACAAGGGUGGUUAUCAGAGGUUGGUUGGGAGAUUAAUCUAUUUGUCUCACAUGAGGCCGGAUAUAGCUUAUGCAGUGAGCGUCAUAAGCCAGUUCAUACAUGCACCAAGUGAAGAGCAUAUGAAAGCGGUAUAUCGAAUCUUAAGAUAUUUGAAGAGUGCACCAGGCAAAGGUUUGUUGUUCUCCAAAAACAGUGUCUCUAACAUUGAAGGAUAUACGAAUUCUGAUUGGGCAGGUGAUCAAACCAACAGAAGGUACACGCCUGGCUAUUUUAACUUUGUGGAAGGUAAUCUUGUCACUUGGAGAAGCAAGAAGCAGAAGGUUAUAGCAAGAUCAAGUGCAGAAGCCGAAUUUCGAGUUAGCGAUAUACUCACGAAAGCAGUUUCAGGAAAGGUGUUCCAUGAUAUAAUUGACGAGUUUGGCAUGAUAGAUAUCUAUGCUCCAACUUGA